AUGGCGCAGUUCGGCAGAUUCCGCAUCCCGACGCUGGGGGCGGCCGUCAACGUGGCGUGGGAGACGCUCAAGGCGACGGUGCCCGAGUCGAGCCCGUGCCUCGACCUGAUCCGCGGCGGGGGCGGCGCCGGGGGCGGCGGGGGCGCCGACCGGAGGGGCGGCGGCGGCGGGGGCGGCGAGCGCGUGCGGUUCGCGCAGUUCGGAGGCCCGGGGGCGGCGGCCGGCGCCGAGACGACGGAGCUGGCCACCAUGUCCGGCGGGCCGCAGGCCGACGGCGCCGCCCCCGCCGUCGCAGAGGACGGCUUCGGCUACCAGCGGGCCGACAGCUUCGCCAGCGUCGACUUCGCCGAGGGCGGCGGCGGGGGCGGCGAGAGCGGCUACGAGGGCGGCGGCGGGAAGCACAGGAUCAACGAAUGGCAGGCCGCCUGGAACGUCACCAACGCCAUACAGGGAAUGUUCAUCGUGUCACUACCAUUCGCAGUGCUCCGUGGUGGCUACUGGGCAAUUGUUGCCAUGAUAGGCAUCGCAUAUAUCUGCUGCUACACGGGCAAGAUCCUGGUGGACUGCCUGUACGAGGACGGGGUGCGCGUGCGGGACUCCUACGUCUCAAUCGCGAGUGAGUGCUUUGGGCCCAAAUGGGGGGCACGAGCUGUCAAUGUGGCACAGAUCAUCGAGCUGCUGAUGACAUGCAUCUUGUAUGUGGUGGUCUGCGGUGACCUUAUGGUGGGCACCUUUCCUGAGGGUGCCAUCGACACGCGUAGCUGGAUGAUGCUGAUCGGCAUACUGCUCGUGCCGCUCGGCUUCCUCAAGUCACUGCACCACGUCUCCAUGCUCAGCUUCUGGUGCACCAUGUCCCAUCUUGUUAUCAAUGCCGUCAUCCUCGGUUACUGCCUGCUGUACAUCGGAGACUGGGGAUGGUCCAAGGUCAAGUGGAGUAUUGACUUCGAAAACUUCCCCAUCUCCCUGGGUGUCAUCGUGUUCAGUUACACGUCACAGAUCUUCCUGCCAACACUUGAGGGCAACCUCAUAGACCCCUCCAAGUUCAACUGGAUGCUCAACUGGAGCCAUAUUGCUGCUGCCAUAUUCAAGUCCCUGUUUGGUUAUGUGUGCUUUCUGACCUUCCAGAAUAAUACGCAGCAGGUCAUCACCAAUAACUUACAUUCCCAGGGCUUCAAGGGCUUUGUUAACUUCUUUUUGGUGGUGAAGGCAGUGCUAUCUUACCCACUGCCAUACUAUGCUGCUUGUGAGCUCCUGGAACGUGCCUUCUUCCGCGGUCGACCCGAGACUCUGUUCCCGACCAUCUGGGCACUUGAUGGUGAGCUCAAGGUUUGGGGCUUGGCCUUCCGUGUUGGUGUUGUCACCUUCACUAUUCUUAUGGCCAUCUCCAUUCCACACUUUGCCAUACUAAUGGGUUUCAUUGGCAGCUUCACAGGCACAAUGUUGUCUUUCAUCUGGCCAUGCUACUUCCAUCUGAAACUGAAGAGGCCGAUGCUGGACUGGGGUACAGUUGCCUAUGACUGCUUUGUCAUUUUCCUUGGGGUCCUCUUUGGUAUUAUUGGAGUAUAUGAUUCUGGCUCUGCUCUCAUCAAGGCCUUUGAAAUAGGCCUGCCAUUCUGAAGUUGUAGUGAGUCUGUCAGUAGCCAGCUAAAUGUGGUCUGCCGAAAAUAUUGUAUAAUAUAUUAUACAUAUAAAUAUGUAUAUGCACUAAUUUUAAUGUAUUUAAUUAACAAGUUGUAAUUUUAAUACAAAGCCUGAAAACAGGAGUCACUGAGUGCUGUUGACAAUAAUAAAGAUAUAUGUUGGGCUACCUGUGGAAUCUGACAUUUGGAAAGCAGAACUGAAGACACAAUAUUGUAAGCUGAAUGUGGCACAUUUUGUGUGUUGCUUUUUGCAUCUUAUCACAUUGAAGUGGAGACAUUCAACCCAAUUUGUUAAGGCAUACAAAAAAAAAAAAAAAGAACUGGGAGAAAGUUUGAUAAAACACAAGAGAGCAAAUGUAGUAGUGAUUAAUAUUUUUCAUAAUGCAUUUUACAGGUUAUGCUUCAUAUAUUGGUUACCCACUAUUUCAGUUUCUUUUCCUGUGGAGCAAAAUGAAAAUAUAAUCCAUUGUUCCAAUUUAUGAACACCACGUUUUCAGCCAGAGUUAAAUUCAAUGAAAUUCUUCUGUGAAUAUAACUGCAUCACUACGCAAAUGGAAGAGGCACUUUUGAUACUGUUGCAGACAGCUUUUAUCAGAGUUUGUCUCUUGUAGUUGAGGCAUAGGUUUAAAUUUUAUAUCACGUUAUGUUCCCACAGCUAUGAGUUUACUUAACUACUAAUCCAACAUUAGUGCAUUUUUGAUAACACCUCUGCAUUAUUUUCCAUCUAAGUCAAGAAAUUUACAAGGUCUGCCAUAGAUGGCAAAAUAAACUACAGUAUCCGUAACACAUAUUUAUGCUGAAGCAGAAAGACAAUACUCAGAAAUUAAGUGUUUACAUGGUUAUUCACAGGAGACAUUUAUUUGAAUGAGGACAUUUUUUUCAUGUUUCUCUCCACUUGCUCACUAUAUGUACCUCAAUUUUGAGCUCUAAGGGACUUAUUUCUUCUUUUCCAUAUUCCAUGUUCCUAAUUACAUAGACCAUACUUUCUCAUUUCUGUUUAUUUCCUGAAAAAGGUAGUUAAGUCUAUGAAGAUAACAAGUUAAAGAUCUAAAUCAUAUUUCAUAAUCAGCCACCAGCUCUUUAUCUGUUGUCAUUGUGUGCAGAUAAUUUACUUGAAGGGGAAACAGUAAGACAGCUCCACAGAACAAUUUGUAUCUUUCAAUUAAGGUGACUCCACAUUCGCCUCCAUAUAUCUACAUGUUAUUUGCUUCUUUUUAUUCCAGCAGAGAUACAAUACGACUGACUCAAUACCUUGAAAAAGACUUACCAGAGAGAAAAGGAGAACAGAUUUCUAACUUCGCCAUUGUAUAAUUAUAUAAGUCUACUUUGCAAAUGUCAGAUUGCCAGUACAGGUCUUCAGUAUUAUCUCAAGUCUUCCAUUUUAUUAGCAGUUACGCUAUAAGUGACUAUUUAUGAUAAAUAAGUAGGUGAAUGUAUACAACUGCUUUGAUAAAAGAAUAUAUUAUAGCAUUUUAUGCAGGAAACCAUUAUCUGAUGAACUGCGAUGAAAAAAAAAGUAAUACAAUUUCAAUAAUUGUGGCUAUUAGAUAACGGUUGGAGUGUUGUACGGUUAUAUGCAUUUUUGGUGUUGGAGACUGAUCAUAUGUAUAAUACCUUUUAAGAGUAUUUUCCAGAUGGGCAAAAAACAUGCUGAAAACCUCGAGCAAACUAGGUGUGAUACAUUGAAGUAAAUGUCGUGCAAAAUAAUAAGAUAAUAUAGAUGUUCGUCGCAGUAUAAAUAAAAUAAAAACCAAGAUGUAAUGUGUUCAUUUUAGAAUGGUUUGGCUUCAAUUCUUUUGCAGAACAUAGCAAGCAAACUGAUAAUGUAUAUGUUGGACAUUCUAAUGUUUCUUCUGUUAAUAACAAUUCAGUCUUUUAAAUAAUUUUUCACAUUUGUGAUAAACGUUUAUGUAAAUGAUUCUCUAGGUUCAAUAAGUUAUUUAACAGUUGUGUUUCUAAAAUGAAUUGGAAUAGGUAAAAAUUUUGAUAUUUAAUUUUAAUUUAACAGCUAUUUGGGCAGAUUAUGUAACACAUGUGAAAUGUGGUUGUAAGAAAAGAAGUUUUUGAAUUAUUUGACAGAUGGACACACAGAGAACAGUUGAAUUAUUCUUAAAGGAUAGUGAUUCCUCUAAAACAAAUCUUUCCUGAUUUUCAGUGUCAUUGUUUUUCUUUUUUAUUUUGCUUUUAUCUUAUUGUUUCUCACAGAAAUUACACACAGUUAUUAUGUAAGUUGAAGUUUUUGCUGCUUUAUGAUUUCAAUGGAAUUUCUUCAAUUUUCUCUUUUCAUCUGUAUCUUGCAUGCAUGAUACAACAGUCCCAUAAUAUAAAAAUCACUCCAAUAGACAUCUCAAGAAGUGACAAAGAAAUCUAGCCUCCAGUUUUUUUCCUCUUUUGGCCUCAUUAUUAAAAAAAUAUAUAAGUUUUCACUGGCAGUAAUUUGGAAGAUUACAUACCACUUAACUGCAAAGAAGGAAUUUCAUGAUUUUUUUUCAUUCUUUUUCAAUGAACACUUUAUUUCCCUAAUACUGUGCAUGAAAUUCUUAGUGCUGUAAAUAAUAAUUUUGGAUGCCUUCAUCACUUUCUUUGAAAUGUACACUUACUGACACACAUACUUUUAGAAUUACAGUUGACAUGAAUUACUAACUAAUAAAAAAAAACAUGCAGUCCACCCUCUUACUUGCAUGAAUACAUACUUUUAUUUCCAAAUCAUAUUUUUUCUAACUCAAUUUCCUUCUCUUUUAUUUGAUUAAGAACACAUUUGUGUAUAAUCUGGACUGUGAAUGUGGCUAUGUACAGUACACAGUUGUAAUACAUUCUGGUUGUGCUUUUGUAGACAAUAUUCAGUUCUAACAGCUGGCUUAUGUUUUUAUUGCAAUAAGAACUUCAUUUUCAACAGAGGAAUUCACGAAAAGAUCCUUUCCAUACCAUUUGUAGUAAUAUAGAGUCUCAUUUGAUCACAGAAUUCUUCCAUCAGGGAACUGCUCUUGUCAUGUGAAACUAGAACCUAGUUAGUGAUAACAUGAACACUCGAGGAACUUUCACAUGUGUAGGUAUCUUUUGAAUUUUGCUACAUUUCUUGGAAUUGGCCUGACACAAAUCUGAAAUUAUUUGUUGUUAUUGACUUUCACCAGGAAUGAUACAAAACAAAACAGUAAUGUAAAUGUAGAUCUUUAGGAUCACUCCAUGUUUCUUUUAAAAUAAUAUUCUAUAAACUGUACAAAAAAACAAAUUUUGCUAAAAUGUUCAGGUGUGAUAUGUCUCCCUAUUGUUAGGAUGUAACAGCUUCUGCAGAAGCAAUAAAAUUAAGACUAUGUAUGACUGCCCAUAAAAAAUCUAGUCUUCCAUUGCAAUGUUUACAUUUCAUAAUGCAUACAUAAUAUAUUCCAUCAACCAAUGUGUGAUAGAUGUGUAUCAUAUUAUGCCAUUAAUAAUGUGUGAUCAAAUUAUUACAAAUAUAUGUGAUAUAUCUUUCACUUGUAAGUCUUCCAGAAUAUGGUCAAUUUGUUGUUUGCAGUGACUGAUGAUGUCUUCCAUAUGCUGUUAAAAUAUUUACAAAGAAAAUAGCUUGUUUUUGUAGAUAUAGUGAAGUGUUACAAAAUGAACAAUAGCCUAUGUCACAUUGUCUUCCAUUUAAACUGUGCCAUAUUUCAUAUAAUGAUAUGAUAUUUUUUGUGUUAUGUGAAAGAAAGAAUAGUGCUCAGGAUGAAUUCAUGUGACAGACAUCGAUUUUAAUACAUAAACUUUUUUUAACACAGCAGACAAAUGAUAUAAUGUGUGUAAUUCUGUAAAAGUCAUCAGAUAUAUAACAACUGUGUUUCCAGCAAACAUAAAAUGAGGGUGCGCCUUCUACUCUGCCUGGGUAAAAAUCCUAACAUACUGAAUAGCACUUAUUUUAAGAUAAAGUGGUAUAAUGUACAUAGAAGUUAAUGUUAGAAUUAAAAUAGAUUUCUGUAUUAAAUAUUACAGCAUGUCUCUCCACAUGAUGAGAGUUUUGGAAGCACAGCUUGCAUGUAGAGCUUCCUUUCCAGUUGUUGCUGCAAAAGUUUUCAUGAAAUUAUUGGUGUUGUUAAGUGCAAUAGAAUGCAGAAAGAAAGUGAUUGAUAGUAUUUCCAUGUAAAUAACAGUGUAAUGACAGUGAGAUGUAAUCCAUGUUGAGCUAAGUAUUACAUUCAUAGACUGAGCUAUUAGUACUAAUCUGUUUAUGUGGGUGGAAUUGAUGUUAUUGUAUUUGAGCUAAAGCAAGGGGGUGAAAUGUUUAAAAAUGAUACUUUAUCCAUUCAUGUGUUAUAAUUAUAUCCAAUGAAAAUGGACUGUAUAUUUUUAUAUUGUUGUGAAGUUACAUUGUACUUUAAUUUGCGGCUAUUGGGGGAGACUAUUGAAGCAAUAUUCCAUUGACAAUUACUGAAAUUAAUCCAAAAUAAUUACUGCAAACAUUCAUUAUUAACAGCAAUGACUGAUUGAAGUUCAAAGUAACAAAGUGAUAAAAAUAGCCAUUGUGAACAUUUUAUGAUUCCAAUUUUCACUAUAAAGGGAAAAUGAAACAAAGCAGGUGGCUUGGAGUUAAUGUCAUUUUAGUCUCAUUAUUUGCUGAAACUGCCUGCUACUGAAAAGGAGAACUUUCUGAAAUCUUGCAGCAAUUGCAGUGCUGUCUCUGCACCAUGUUGUUAGUUUUAUUAGGACUUCUGUUUUCUAUUGUCUAUAGAUUUCUUGAUGUGCUCAUAAUGAUAAUAUCAGCAGUUGUCAUACUUGCACAUGUGUCAAAUGCACAGCUAUUAUUUUCAUUCCAGAUUAACCACCAUUAAGUCAUUCCCCAUUCCAAUCAAAUCAUGAGUAUAACAUUAAAUUUAAAAGAACCAAUACAAUCAAAACAAUGGUUUGUAUGCAAAAAAUGCUAAACUUGUCAUUUGAUGAGUGGACUACAUUGUGAAUACUACAUUCAGAUGAAGACAGUUAGCAAACUCAUUAUCCAAAGAUAAAACAAAUUAUUUAUUAUAUUUGGAAAAAAAUUGUAAUGGAAAUUGAUUUGACAGUCCACUUAUAUUACAGUCUGAUAUAUCUUAUAAGUAAAUAGGAGAAUGUUUACUAGCAACCACAAACACACACUAAACAGCAAAAGAAUAUAAGAUCCCUUGGAUGUUGUGAAUGUUCAAAAACUUUGUUUGCUUUGUGUAUUUUGGAGACUAAUUGGGGUAAUAGGAAAUUUGAGUUAUGGCCUACCCUAGGACAGAAAAUAAUUGUAUUCUGAUUCAUUUAAGGUGCAGGAGGAAGGCUGUGAUACUGGAAAUGCAGUCAUUUUUUUAUUUCCCAAUUUUUUUAUCUUGAAAAUUUCUCACAAAACCUAUUUAAUGUAAGAAAGAAAUUAGGUCUGAUUUGAUGUGUCAUAUUUAUAUUCUGUAGUUGUACUAAACUAUCUUUCUAUGUUACAGCAUUUAUAUUCUUUCCUAAUCCAUUUAAAUACUCUCAAACAAGUCAUCAUAUUACAUCCAGACUGGUUUUAAAUCAACUCUAAUGCAAGUUACUAUUACAACAACAGCUUCUUUUGAAAAAUCUGCUGAUAAUUGGUGAAAUGGACAUUUUCAUAUAAAACUCUCUGUGGAUAAACUACAUCAAUCUAACCUGAAUGUUAUAACAGAACUUAAAACUGAGACUCAAACAUAUAUAUAAUUUUCUGCUAGGGAGUAUAUGUAAAUAUGUUUAAUACAAUGUCAGAUAAAUCUGGGAGGAACAUAAGCAAUGUAAUAUGGAAAUAAUCAUCUGAUCACAUAGACAAGGCACUGGACAUUGGAUAGCUACAUAAAAUAUUGUACACAGUAACACAGCUAUAAAAGUUUUGUGUUCUUCAUCAGAGAGAGAGGAAGUUUUGGGAAUGAGAGAAAAUCAUGGAUAGGUGUCUGUGGGGGGAUAGUGAGUUAUUGUCUUCCUCCAUAUAACUACACACACACACACACACACAUCUGUGCAUCUACAUUGUGUUGGCUGUACAUAUGGAGUGCUGGGAUUGAAGUCUGACAGGUGAACUGGACUGAGGGCUGUGUCAGAUGAGGUGGGUAGAUGGAGAAAGAUGUGGUAAGCAGGGAGAAGGGGUGGGGGGAGGUCAUAAGCAUCUUGUUGGAGGGAGGCAGCAGGUGUGCAGGAUAAGCAUACCAAAGGGUGGGGUGUCAGCUCAUGAGUUAGGGAUGUGGCACAUGUGUACUGGAGCCAGUGAGGUGUUAUACACAAUGAAAAUGACAUAGAGGCAUGAACUGGGAAGGAGUGACAGGACAGAGGAAGGGAAAACUGUUUUUUUAGAGUUUAUGGGGACAAUUUCCACUUUCUCUGUCAUGUCAGCCCCUCUCAAUCCACACUAUCACAUCAUCUUCAUCAUGCACCACACCUCACUGGAUCCUAAAGGAAAGAGAGAGGAACAGUGCAAGUGCCAUUUCUCUCAUGGAUAGGUGGAAACCUAAUAAAUAAUUACUUAGUUUUCUUUGUUUGGACCAACAGUCAACUUAAAACUGCUCUCAAUAGUCAAUGAACAUUAAAAAAAUUUGUGUUGGCUGGAAUACUUUCUGCCACCGAAUAUUACCAUGCAACACAGUAAAAAGUCAAACACCAUUACACAAUAACUGGAUUAAGGCUCCCACUGCAGAGUUUAUUGCAAAGGUUGUGAAAACAUUGCAAACACGUCCUGCUUGACAACAGUCUUGUCUCCUGUUAGUUCUCAACUAUGGAGUGCAAAGCUGAAGAAAAGAAUUUAAAAAAGGCUAUGAUUGUCCAUUCUUAAAGGAAAAGCAUCUCCAUGACAUUUUUCUCCUAAUUAUCAUUCCCAUAGCUUUCAUUUGUUUUGUUUAUUUUCACAAGAUCAUUGUACUUUUGAAACUAUAAUUUAAAGAAACUUAUCAAUGCCCUGUAGGCCUAUCUUUUACACAAUCUGUAGCCAUUUAUUUGAGAAUAAAUGUGGGAGAUAUUUGUGUUUCCAAUAUCACAGCACAAUUUUGGGGACAAAUUUGAUAUGAUUUCUCUCCCAUAAUUUCUUUGUUAUACAGUACCAAAUUUUCUUAUUUUUAAAAAUUGUUGCUACUACUGUAAUCAUUUGUAUACCACCAGACCAUGAAAAGAAGUUAAGAAUUGUCAGAUUUGGAUUUCCUGUUCUUCUGUGCAUCCAUUCUCUUUUCUUUGCAAUGGUAAUAACACAUAAACUGAAGUCUAUUUACAUUGUUACAACCAACAACUCCAUAGCACACUGGUUUAUUUCCAUGAAUGGUUUCAGCUUGUGGCUCGUUAUCAUUAGCUUGUAUAAUAAGCUGCACUUGUAUUGGAAAUACAAUGCCAUUAUUUAUGUUCACAGUUAACUAAAAAUAAAACAAAGUACAUGUAGCAAGUAUACAUUAUGUAUGAAGUUCACAUAUAACUUCUGUACCAUCACUGUAGCCAGAAAAGUUCCAUAUUGUAGUCAAUGACCAAACAGUUUACACAGUUGCCCAAAACCAUAUAAUAGUUUGUGUGAUAGAUUCAUUGUUCAUUGCCACAUCAUAGAUAAAAAAAUAUUUUUAACAAAAACUUAUAACAGGCAGAUGGAACCCUCAAAGAAUUAUUUCAUAAUCAGUGUUUAAAUAGUCAUUUUUAAAGUGUGUGAAGAUGUAUCACUGUGUUGAUGAGCAAUGCUGAAUAGAUGCAUGGAUUACAAGUAAAUUUUAUGCAGGUGCGUAUUUGCUACAUAGUAUUUCUUACACUUGUUGUACACUGUGAAUAGAAGCAGGGACUACUUUAUUUGUAAUGCAGGUGCAAUUCCGUAUAUGACCUAAUGACAGCUAAUAAUUAGCUGAUACCACUUGUAGAAUCAAACCAACAUGCAGCUGGAACUGUUGUUUGACCAUAACGUUGGUACUGUUAAGGGCACCUUUGUGUCUUACAAAACAGUCAUUUGAUACACACUUCAAAAAUACUGUUUUACAUUUGAAUUUAUUUACAGAUAUAUGUUCCCCAUUAUUGUGUAAAACAUACUUUUUUAUAUUUUAUAUUCCUGUGAACAAAAAUGAAUCAUACUAUUUUAAAUAUUAACUGAAAAGAUAUCUAUUAUGAGCCUUCUAUUGGAAAAUGUAAUUUUAUACACAUUUCUUAGUAAGUGAUGAAUCCACUGUCUUCCAAUAAAAAGCAAGUGUGGUAGUUUCAUAAAUAAGACAGUAUACAGUUAAUAUGCACUUAUUUUUCACACACCAUUCAAAGUUAUUUUACAAAAAGUUACCAGAUAUAUGUAUAUAUUUAUUGCAAUGAAAUGGGAGCAAUGCAUCUUUUAUUUGGAAAGACCGAAGAAUUAUGUGUUAUUUUAAAUGUCAGUUACAAAUUUAUUUUAAUUUAUGUGUAGUUUUUACUAGCUACACAGAGAUAGGUAUUACUAACAUAAAAGGAAUAGCUUUGAUAUUAAUCUAAAUGAGUUAAUUUUGAACUUAAACAAUUUUCAAUAAUACAUUAAGAAAAAUAAAAUUAUUUUUCAUGUGGUAGCAAACUAAAAGACUAAUAAUCUACUUCAGCUUUCUUAGUACAUAUUUCUCCUUCCUAUCCAAAAAUAUGCUACUGAAUUCAGUAUCACUAUAUUUAAAUGUUGCAUAAAAUAGAAGGCAUUAUUUUUCUUUCAUGACUUACAGUUUCUUUCAGUUACAAUGACAUGAAAAUAACAUGACUGCCAUUACUAAAAACACAUUUCUUUGUAUUUAGAUUGACAUCAAUUAUUGGUAGUUUAUGUUUGCUGUUGACAGUGAUCAGCAUUUAAAUUACAAAAUUGUACUAAUUACCAAAAGAGCUGAAACACAGCAGAGAUGUACAUGUGCAGCACUGCUACAUUGCUUGAUAAUUUGUGUGAGUACUUAAGUAUAAGGAACUGAGAUUAUAUCUGUAUGUUGUAUGUACUGGACUCUAAAAGCAAUAAUAUUAAACUUACAGACUUUUAAAUGUCUUCCAACUGUAGUUUCUACAGUGAGUUAUACUAACUGUUUCCUGUAUUAGAAGCAGCCAUAAGCUUUAAGUUUUAUGUUGUUGUGUACCUCUUUUUUUUAGAUCCCAUUUACAUGACAUGAAAGAUUGAUGUGUAGUUAGAAUUUUGAAAUAAAUACAGAGUUGUUGAUUA